CGCUUACUCCAAAGAAUCUAGGGUAAAUUCUACGUUCCUUUCGUCUCUAUAAUCAAAUUAUAUAUGCACAGAUCGAGUUUACUGUUUUGUUUUCCUUCAUGAAGCUCGACGAAUUUUGGUAAAAACCAGAUCUGGAUUUCGUAAUUUUGCUUUCUCUGUUUCGUAUUCUUCAUUUGUCACUGAUUCAAAUAGCAUUUGCUUCCGUAUAAACAAAUUCUAUCUUAAUCUCCUGUAAGCAAAUCUGUGGAAUAAUCUGGAUAAUCUCCAGUAUAUAGUUUUCGAAUUUGGAUUCAUUUCGAUUUUUUCGCUUUGUGUAUGUGCACAAUUCCAGAUUCAUUGUUUUUGAUUACAUUUUGUUGUUUGUUUGGUGAAAUUUAAGAUUAAAGACGAUUCCGUCUCUGGCAAGUAAUGAUUAAUGCUAAUUCUCUUCAUCUUACACUUUUUUUUUGAAGUCCUUUAUGCUUUUUAGCUGUCUCUCUGCAAGCUUUUUUUUUGGGUACAGAUUUGUUUUCAGACUUUAAAUGCGAAAGUGAAUAAGACUUUAAAUAGAGAUUCAUUCAUGUGUAUGCAUUUAUUGUUAUUUCAUCGAUUCAUUGUUUAUUGUUCUCGAGUUUUGAUGGACAAAUGUGAGAGCAUGUUAUAGCGGUCGAAUCUGGGUCCCAAAACGCCAUGUGAGAUUACAUUAAAGCAACAAUCUAUUAUUGUCGGCAAUGUUGUUUGUUCCUUUUAGAUCUCGAUUCUAUACAUCCUUUGUUUCCUCAACUUUCGAAAUACUCAUUUGUCAAAUAGUAACACUUGGCCCAUCAUUUGUUUAUUCAAUGAAUUAACCAAAUAAAGUUCUAUUUUCUAACUUUUUCAUUAAUGGCAGAAGCUUGUUUGCUGCUCUUGUCUACUGACUUAUUUAUUCAAUCUCAUGUUGCUAAUUUUGUAGGUGUUAACUUUCUAAGAAAAGGAGUUUGUUAAAACAAUGAAGUAUAAAGAUGAGAAGUACGAGAAAGCUGAGAAGGGUUCAAGGAUUUUGCCCAAGACAGUUUUACUGAUUCUUCUUUGUGGACUUUCGUUCUAUCUUGGAGGGUUGUAUUGUGGGAAGAACAUAAUUGAAGUUAGUGAUGUUGCAAAAGCUGAAUCUUCUUCCUUAGAUGUUGAUGACUCUCUUCAAGUCAAAUCUGUUUCUUUCUCGGAAUGUAGCAGUGACUACCAAGAUUACACUCCUUGCACUGAUCCAAGGAAAUGGAAGAAGUAUGGUACUCACAGGCUUACUUUCAUGGAGCGACAUUGUCCUCCUGUGUUUGAUAGAAAGCAGUGUCUGGUUCCUCCUCCUGAUGGCUAUAAGCCACCGAUAAGAUGGCCAAAGAGCAAAGACGAAUGUUGGUACAGGAAUGUGCCAUAUGAUUGGAUUAACAAGCAGAAAUCUAACCAGAAUUGGCUAAGGAAAGAGGGUGAAAAGUUCAUUUUUCCUGGUGGGGGUACAAUGUUUCCACAUGGAGUCAGUGCCUAUGUCGAUCUGAUGCAAGAUUUGAUCCCUGAAAUGAAAGAUGGGACUAUACGCACAGCCAUUGACACUGGUUGUGGGGUUGCGAGCUGGGGAGGCGAUUUGUUGGACCGGGGUAUCCUCACGGUAUCACUCGCCCCGAGGGAUAAUCACGAAGCUCAAGUCCAGUUUGCUCUAGAACGUGGAAUUCCUGCGAUUCUUGGCAUCAUUUCCACUCAACGUCUCCCUUUCCCUUCAAAUUCAUUUGAUAUGGCUCAUUGCUCAAGAUGCCUUAUUCCGUGGACAGAAUUUGGUGGAGUAUAUCUUCUGGAGGUUCACCGUAUCCUAAGACCUGGUGGCUUCUGGGUCUUAUCUGGUCCACCAGUCAACUAUGAGAACCGUUGGAAAGGUUGGGACACAACCAUUGAAGAGCAGAGAUCAAACUACGAGAAGCUGCAGGAAUUGUUAUCUUCAAUGUGCUUCAAAAUGUAUGCCAAGAAAGACGAUAUCGCAGUCUGGCAAAAAUCUCCAGACAAUCUAUGCUAUAACAAGUUGUCUAACGACCCUGAUGCAUACCCGCCAAAAUGUGACGACAGCCUUGAGCCAGAUUCUGCUUGGUAUACACCAUUACGCCCUUGCGUUGUGGUUCCAAGCCCUAAGCUAAAGAAGACGGAUUUGGAAUCUACUCCCAAGUGGCCAGAAAGAUUACACACAACUCCUGAAAGAAUCUCUGAUGUUCCUGGAGGAAAUGGUAACGUGUUUAAACAUGAUGAUAGCAAAUGGAAAACAAGGGCUAAGCAUUACAAGAAGCUGUUACCCGCGAUUGGUUCUGACAAAAUUCGGAAUGUUAUGGAUAUGAACACUGCUUAUGGAGGUUUGGCUGCUGCUCUGGUCAAUGAUCCUUUGUGGGUCAUGAAUGUCGUCUCUUCUUAUGCUGCAAACACACUUCCCGUUGUGUUUGAUCGUGGAUUGAUCGGAACAUAUCAUGACUGGUGUGAAGCUUUUUCGACGUAUCCAAGAACUUAUGAUCUUCUUCACGUAGAUGGGCUGUUUACAUCUGAAAGCCAGAGGUGUGAUAUGAAAUAUGUAAUGCUGGAAAUGGAUAGGAUCUUACGUCCUAGCGGGUAUGCGAUUAUACGCGAAUCGAGCUACUUCGCAGAUUCAAUUGCUUCUGUUGCUAAAGAGCUGAGAUGGAGUUGCCGUAAAGAACAAACAGAGUCUGCAUCAGCCAAUGAGAAGCUCUUGAUUUGCCAGAAGAAGCUGUGGUAUUCAUCUAACGCAAGUUCAGAAACAAAUUAAAUAAACAAAAAAGAAAGAAAUAAUAGGACAAAUCGAAAGCUUAAGCUUAAAGCUUUUGUUUUGUUCGGAGGUAUCUUGAGAACAAAGUCUCAACAACAACACGCAUAGGUUAUUUGUGUUGCUUCAAAGCCAAGAAAGCUAUUGAAAGCUGCCAAUUCAAUUUUAUUAUCCCAGCAUAUUUAUCAAUUUUCGUUUUUUUUUUCGCUUUUAGUAUAUGCUUGGUGAGAAUUAUAUAUUUCUUUUAUUUUUAAAUUGUAACUUUAAAUUUUACUUUAAACGGUGAUGUUCGAGAUUUCUCGAAUGUUAGGUAUAAUGAUUUGAGAUCUUCUUGUAUUUUUUUACACGUUAACAUGUUUGGUGGUCCAUUUAG